AUGACUGUUUUGGCCAAAACAGAAGAUAUGACUACUGUGAAGACAAUGCUGAACAUUGUUUGUCGGAGAAGGCAGAAAGAGAAGCAAGGAGGGCAAAAAGAUAUUGGUGGCUCCAAAACUCCAGCCAUGGCAGAUACAGAAAAGUGCAUCAAAUGCCCAGAUGAUCAAUAUCCAACAGAGAACAGGGUUCAAUGUAUCCCGAAAAGGAUAACCUUCCUGUCCUAUGAAGAACAUCUGGGUAUCAUCCUGGUCUCUUUUGCCCUACUCUUGUUCUUAACUACAGGAUUCAUUUUAAUCAUAUUCAUUGAAUACCUAGAAACUCCCAUUGUCAAAGCCAACAACCGGGACCUCUCCUUCAUCAUCCUGGUCUCCCUUCUGCUUUGCUUUUUGUCCUCUUUUUUCUUCAUUGGUCAACCAAGGAAAGUCACCUGUCUUCUCCGACAAACGGUGUUCAGCGUUGUCUUCUCAGUAGCUGUAUCUUCUGUGUUGUCCAAAACAAUCACAGUGGUGUUGGCUUUCCUGGCCACAAAACCAGGGAACAAAGUGAGAAGAUGGUUGGGGAAGAGCUUGGCCAACUUCAUCAUCCUUUCUUGUUCUGCUGUCCAAAUUAUCAUCUGCUGCAUUUGGCUAGCAGUUUCACCCCCAUUCCCUGACUCUGACCUCUACUCACAGCCUGGAAAGAUCAUCCUUCAAUGCAAUGAAGGCUCUGUCGUCAUGUUUUAUGUCGUCCUUGGCUAUAUGUGUUUCCUAGCUGCCAUUUGCUUUAUUGUAGCUUUCCUGGCUAGGAACCUCUCUGGGGCCUUCAAUGAAGCCAAGUUGAUCACCUUCAGCAUGCUGGUCUUCUGCAGCGUCUGGGUCUCCUUCCUGCCCACCUACCUGAGCACCAAAGGGAAAUACAUGGUAGCUGUUCAGAUCUUCUCCAUCUUGGCCUCCAGUGCUGGACUGCUGGGCUGCAUCUUCAUCCCCAAGUGCUACAUUAUCAUCCUGAGGCCAGACCUGAACACUAAGGAACAUCUGAUGAUAAGAGUUCGGAAAUAA